CAUUUGUCAUUUUGGGCUUGUUUCCACUCCUUUGGGCGUGAAACAUGACCACUGCUGAAAGGGGUUGAAACCCGGUGAUCUCGCCUAAGUUCUUUUCCAGGGACUCGUAACCGAGCCUUGGAGAGAGGGUGGACUUCCCCGAGCUCCCUCCUCCUGGGCGCGGCCGAGCCUGGCACCCCGGCCCGCAAUGUCACCGCACGUUUGUGUGUCACAGCUUGACAGAUGUCCAUAGUGAGGCAUCGAAUUGGAUGGUGUCUGCUAACAAAUCUAAUGGGGGAAAAAAAAAAGAGAGAGAGAGAAUUUGAAGGAUUAUCUUUCUUUUUAGGAUUAAAUUUGUGCCAUUUAGCUGUUUGAGGCCCUGUAGUUAAUGCUGCUUUAUGGGAUGUCUAUACAGUUCUUCACAUGGGUGUCAAAAUAAUUUCAGGGAAAAUGAUAUUGUGUGGACUCAUCGGGUGGAAAUAUUCGUCUUGUGGUUACAGACAAGUUUUUGUCCCGGCUGCUCUACUUUCUCCCAGACCCUUUGCCGGACUAGCCAGACUUAACAAUCCGCAUUAAUUUACUUUGGCACUUCACAUGGUCAGACAGGCCAUGAACACGAUGGUCUUUAAUACAUUUCCAAAAAAAAUCCCGCCGUGCUCCUUUUUAAUUGAUGUCCUUCAUAAAUUGUGUUUGCCCAAGCUGUAAUUACUCGUCAAGCAGCAAAAAGCAAAUCUGCCUCCAAGUACAAUGAAGAUGUUCUUUUAUGAAAUUAUUAAGAUACAGAAGUUCGACACGCAGAGUAAUUUAGUUCUCCUUUAUAAUGAUAUCUUCGGGGACUGUAUCUUUGGGGAUCACAUCUAUCAGAGCCUAUCAGAGUGGAAAAGGACCUAUCACGACCAGUGCACUUCAUAACUGCCAAACGCCCUGGCCUCGCAGUGACCGUUUCCCCAUGUAUGUGCUCUUUAAAACGGUUGGAAUUGGUUAAUUUCUUGCAUAACGUCUGUAUGUGCCUUCCAAGUAAUUAACCAUUUCACCUGAUGUUCGUUGAGUUUAUUUGGAAUCUUUUGGCUGUUGAAAUUGCAUAGAAGACCCCUUAUAUGGCCGAAUAGGGAAUCUUUGAAGGAACAUCAGUGGAGGGUUACAAUCUAGAAAGUUCGCCAAUAGGCCAAAUUAAGGUGACUUUGAAAUGAAUAAUUUAGGAAUUCUUACUUAGUUAAUUCAUAAAAUGCAUAAAUUUUACCAUGGUGUAAAAUUAGGAUAUUAGCUUUUAUAAGAAAGAUUCAGGGGAAAAUGAAAGAUUAUUGUCAGUAAAGGGCUUAGAACAGUUUCCCAAAUUAUGUUUCCACAGAGUAUUGUAGGAGAAACAAAAGGAAGUGGUCCACAGCUUUUUUGGGGAGUGAGGGCUGUUUAAAUGUGUCCCACUUAAAGAAAACUUUAAGCUUCAUCCAAGUAGGAGCCUUGUCAUCUCUUCACCAUUUUGUCUCUAGUGCCUUGAACAUAGUAGGCAUGUAAAUAUUUUCUAGAUGAUGAACAUGCGGGACUUCUCAGAGCCUUUAACUUCAUAGCAGGCAUUGUGACUCAUCAAAGAGAAGGCAGCCUUUCCCAGACUGACUGGACUGUGGAACCAUUUCUUGAAGAGCAUUUUUACUAGAUCCAGGAACCUUGAAAUACCCUCUGGGAAAUUCUAGCUUUGAGUAAAAUAGAUAACAAAGUUGAAUUGAUCAGUGAGUGAAAUAUUCAAGUUUUUGUGGAUAUUGGAAUGUAAGCAGUACAGACUGUGAGUUUGGAAAUAAUAAUAACUACAUGAAUAUGGCAGAGGCGAACAACGCUUUCUUUGCUGCCAGUGAGACAUUCCAUACGCCAAGCCUUGGGGACGAGGAGUUUGAAAUCCCACCAAUCACGCCUCCUCCAGAGUCGGACCCCGCCCUGGGCAUGCCCGACGUGCUGCUUCCCUUUCAAGCCCUCAGCGAUCCAUUGCCUUCCCAGGGAAGUGAAUUCACGCCCCAGUUUCCCCCUCAAAGCCUGGAUCUCCCUUCCAUUACAAUCUCAAGAAAUCUCGUGGAGCAAGAUGGCGUGCUUCAUAACAGUGGGUUGCACAUGGAUCAGAGCCACACACAAGUUUCACAGUACCGGCAGGACCCCUCCCUGAUCAUGAGGUCUAUCGUUCACAUGACCGACGCCGCUCGCUCUGGGAUCAUGCCGCCUGCCCAGCUCACCACCAUCAACCAGUCUCAGCUCAGUGCCCAGCUGGGGUUGAACCUGGGAGGUGCCAGUAUGCCUCACACCUCGCCUUCACCUCCAGCAAGCAAAUCGGCCACUCCCUCACCUUCCAGCUCCAUCAACGAAGAGGAUGCCGAUGAAGCCAACCGAGCCAUCGGAGAGAAAAGAGCUGCUCCAGAUUCUGGCAAGAAGCCCAAGACUCCAAAGAAAAAGAAAAAGAAAGAUCCAAACGAGCCACAGAAGCCGGUGUCAGCAUAUGCCCUGUUUUUCAGAGACACACAGGCUGCAAUCAAAGGUCAAAACCCCAAUGCAACCUUUGGAGAGGUCUCAAAAAUCGUAGCGUCUAUGUGGGACAGCCUUGGAGAAGAACAAAAGCAGGUAUAUAAAAGGAAAACAGAAGCUGCCAAAAAAGAAUACCUGAAGGCCCUGGCCGCGUACAGGGCCAGCCUCGUUUCCAAGGCGGCUGCGGAGUCAGCAGAAGCCCAGACCAUUCGUUCUGUUCAGCAGACCCUGGCGUCCACCAAUCUCACAUCCUCCCUCCUUCUCAACACUCCACUGUCUCAGCACGGAACAGUGUCGGCCUCACCUCAGACUCUCCAGCAAUCGCUCCCUAGGUCAAUCGCUCCCAAACCCUUAACCAUGAGACUCCCCAUGAACCAGAUUGUCACAUCCGUCACCAUCGCAGCCAACAUGCCCUCGAACAUUGGGGCUCCGCUGAUAAGCUCCAUGGGAACGACCAUGGUUGGCUCGGCGUCCUCCACCCAAGUGAGCCCUUCGGUGCAAACCCAGCAGCAGCAGAUGCAGCUGCAACAGCAGCAGCAGCAGCAGAUGCAGCAGAUGCAGCAGCAGCAACUGCAGCAGCACCAAAUGCAUCAGCAAAUCCAGCAGCAGAUGCAGCAGCAGCAUUUCCAGCACCACAUGCAGCAGCACCUGCAGCAGCAGCAGCAGCAGCACCUGCAGCAGCAAAUCAACCAACAGCAGCUGCAGCAGCAGCUGCAGCAGCAUCUCCAGCUGCAGCAGCUGCAGCACAUGCAGCACCAGUCUCAGCCUUCUCCUCGGCAGCACUCCCCGGUCGCCUCUCAGAUAACGUCCCCCAUCCCGGCCAUCGGGAGCCCCCAGCCAGCCUCCCAGCAGCACCAGUCGCAAAUACAGUCUCAGACACAGACUCAAGUAUUGUCGCAGGUCAGUAUUUUCUGAAGCCGCACGUGGCAGCUGGAUUUCCUCACACCGAGGCGAGUGGCAGAGGAGGGUCGAGAAUAUAUGGCCGAAACUUGUACGCUGGUGUUGGUUAUGCAGAAAUGUGUAACAGAUCAAACGGUCCUCUCAAGUGUCUAUUAGAUAGGCAAUAAGAACCGCAGUGUAGCUGGGUAACAUCUUUUAGCUGACUAUAAAUCACUUUGUUUUUAAACAAGAAAACCUGUGCUCUUUUAUGUGAUGCCUUUUUUAUUUAUUCAGGCUAUACCUACAAUAUGUGAAUCAAACUGUUUAAUGAAUCCUGGGACAUACUGAUGACUAUAAUAAACUGGCCUCUCUGAGUCAUAGAAAAUGGCCUUAUUUCUCCAGAAGUGAGUAAGCCGCACUUCCAGGCUAUUUGAACUCCCGAAGCCCUAAAAAGAAAAAGCACAGUUGUAACUACCUGAAAUACGAAGAUCCAGUUUCAUACAAACAUUUGUAUGAUGUGAAUAAUUGAUGGCAUUUUUUUGUCAUGAAAAUAAUGUAAAUCACAGACUUUUGCCAAAGCUCUUAUUUUUUUUCCUAAAUCUCUCCAGAAAAAAAAAUGCAAGUGAUUAGAUCCAAUUAUUGACUCAUUUCCACUUUCUACCCAUGACUUCUCCAAAUCAAAUCACAGUAUAUGUUGUAACAAUAUCUAUGACCACUGUUAGCCCAUUAUAUUCAUUUCAAUUAGAAGAAAAGAAAUGUGAAUAUUAUAUUCCGUGUUUUGAGUGACAAGUUUCGAAAAAUAAACACUGUAUUUUUAAAAGGGAAAUGCACUUAAAUGAAAACAGUUAUUACAAAAGUUAAGAUUUAAAAAGAAAAAGCAAGAGUUUUUAUUAUGAUGUAAUACCAGUAGAAUAUUUAAAAGGCACAUCACAUCUGAAUAAUCAAUGUAAAUAUUUUCUUUCAAAGUUGUAAGUUUUCAUAUCAUGUGUUGUAAAGUUUUCCUAAAUGAGGCUUUAACGUAAACACUGGUGACAUAAACCAUUCAUUGCUACAUUGCUUAUUGUGUUUUUAUGCUGUUUUAUACUUUUUUAUGAGUUAUGAUAGCAGCAAUUAAGUUGUUUGUAUUUUGCUUAACUAAAACAAAAAUGCUUUUAUCUUGCUAUAGAAUAAACACAUUUCAGUAAAAACUGUGGACUGUAUUUUGAUGCAACGACAAGGAAACUGUUCACUUUUCAAAUAAAAUGUUAUGUCAAAUUUCA